AUGGGUGUUACUUUUACAACUUCAGGCAUUCAACAUUAUCAUCAUCAUCAUGGUCAACACUCCGUCAAGAAACUCAUUCCACUGAGUAGAGAAGAAUAUUGGAAAAUAAUAUUUACUGAUGAUUUUGAUAAAUUCACAGCUCCUCUGCUCAAAUUCAACAAAGUUGAAACUGAAACACUUCCAAGUGAAGAUGUCAAUAUUGUCAAGAGAACUGCCAAAGUAUUUCCAGAUUAUGACAUUCCCCAUGCAUUGUUGCACUUGUUAGGUCAGGAAGAAUUUCACUAUGUCGAUCAUCAGGAAAAGCAUUUAUUGAACUAUACCAUGAAUAGUAAUACUAUGCCUCCACUGAGUCAUCACGAUAUUCUAAAGAUCAGUACUCAUCAACAUAUUGAACCAAUUGACGAACAUAGUUGUUAUCAUGUUUUGGAAACAGAAAUUCACUGUUCUGUGUUGUUACUUGGUCAUUUGGUUGAGAAGGCAAUUAUUCAUGGUGUUGAGAAUGGUUAUGAUUUAUUGCCAAAAGCCGUGGAAGCUUACAUUGCUCACUUGAAUUCGGAAGUAAAAUAA